GAGGGCGCGGGCCUGGAGGAGGCGCCCGGGCCGGCGACGCCUCUCAAGGAAGUUGGCUCUUUAAUUACUGAGCCAGUUCCCUGUCACAUCCACCUUCAGCGGCAAGCAGCAAGCGCAGUUGGUGACGGUCCUCUGCCUCCGGUGCAGCACUGCGGCCAUGGGCGGCUCAGCCUCCAGCCAGCUGGACGAGGGCAAGUGCGCCUACAUCCGAGGGAAAACUGAGGCUUCUAUCAAAAACUUCAGCCCCUACUACAGCCGGCAAUAUUCUGUGGCCUUCUGCAAUCAUGUGCGCAGUGAGGUGGAACAGCAAAGAGAUUUAACAUCACAAUUUCUGAAGACCAAGCCCCCACUGGAACGAGGAACGGUUUUGUAUGAAGCUGAGCUCUCCCAGUUUGCUGAAGACAUCAGGAAAUGGAAAGACAGAUACAUUGUAAUUAAAAACGAUUUUGCUGUGGAAAGCUAUGAGAGCAAAGAGGCCUAUCAGAGAGGAGCUGUUCCUAAAAGCAGGAUUCUUCCAGCUGGUGGCAAGGUGUUAACCUCAGAAGAGGAAUAUAGUCUCUUAUCUGAUACGCAUUUCCCAGACCCCACUGCUUCCAGCGAGAAGAACUCUCAGCCCUUUGUGGUCCUACCCAAGGCAUUCCCGGUGUACCUGUGGCAGCCUUACCUCAGGCAUGGCUACUUCUGUUUCCACGAGGCUGCCGAACAGCAGAAGUUCAGUGCUCUUCUCAAUGACUGCAUCAGACACCUGAACCAUGAUUACAUGAAGCAGACAACAUUUGAAGCCCAAGCCUUUUUAGAAGCUGUGCAGUUCUUCCGGCAGGAAAAGGGUCACUAUGGCUCAUGGGAAAUGACUACCGGGGAUGAAAUCCAGGUCCUGAGUAAGCUGGUGAUGGAGGAGCUCCUGCCGACUCUCCAGACUGACCUUCUGCCUAAACUGAAGGGGAAGAAGAAUGACAGAAAGAGGGCCUGGUUUGGACUCCUGGAGGAGGCCUAUAAUCUGGUUCAGCACCAAGUUUCAGAAGGAUUAAGUGCCUUGAAGGAGGAGUGCAGAGCCCUGACAAAGGACCUGGAAGGGACUAUCCGCUCAGACAUGGAUCAGAUUGUGAACUCAAAGAACUUUCUAACCGGGAAGAUCCAAGCAAUGGUGGCUCAGCCAGCUGAGCAGUGCUGUGGGGAGAGUGUGCAGCCCUUCCUGGCAUCCAUUCUGGAGGAGCUAAUGGGGCCGGUGAGCUCCGGCUUCAGUGAAGUCCGGGCACUUUUUGAAAAAGAAGUAGACGAACUCAGCCAGAGCUUCCAUGCCACCCAGGACAGUGCCCAGCUGAAGGAGCGCCUACAGCAGCUAAUGAAGCUUCCUCUGGAUUCUGUGAAGAUGGAGCCUUGUUAUACUAAAGUCACCCUGCUUCCAGAGCGCCUGCUGGACCUCCAGAGCCGCUUCAGGUUCUCUCACGUUGACCUGGUGGUCCAGAGGACUCAGAACUACAUGCAAGAGCUCAUGGAGAAUGCUGUGUUCACCUUUGAGCAGUUGCUCUCCCCGUAUCUCCAAGGAGAGGCUUCCAGAACAGCAGCGGCCAUCGAGAAGGUUAAGCUCCGUGUCUUAAAGCAAUAUGAUUACGACAGCAGCACCAUCCGGAAGAAGAUCUUCCAGGAGGCAUUGAUUCAAAUCACGCUGCCCACUGUGCAGAAGGCGCUGGCAUCCACAUGCAAACCAGAGCUUCAGAAAUAUGAGCAGUUCAUCUUCGCAGAUCAUACCAACAUGAUCCACGUCGAGAACGUCUAUGAAGAGAUUUUGUAUCAGAUCCUCCUCGAUGAGACCCUGAAAGUGAUAACGGAGGCAGCCAUCUUGAAGAAACACAACUUAUUUGAAGACAACAUGGCCUUGCCCAGUGAAAGUGUGUCCAGCCUGACAGACCUCAAAACCGCCAUGGGUUCAAACCAGGCCAGCCCAGCCAGAAGAGUAUCUGCCGUUCUCCCGGGAGCUCCAGAUAAUGAGCCCCCAAGUAGUGAAGUGUUCCAGGAGCCAGAGGAAAAGCAGGAGCAGCUUGGGGUGCCAGGCUCACUGGCCACCUCUGUGUCCAGCUGUCCUUCAGGUGGGGCUGGGCAGGUGUCUGUGCCCAAUGUGGAUAACUCGGCUGGGGGCCCUCUCACUGGAGAGAACACAGCAGGACCCCGCAGCUCACACUCAUCAGAGGCGGAAGCCGGGGAGACCCUUAAAGAUGAGGAGCCAACCUGCAAAAGUCCAGAGUCCAGCGCCGUGCCAGGGUCCCUGAAGGAACUGAAAGAGUUGUUGACUGUGACGGUGUCCGUAGAGUCUACCCCGGUGGUUGAAAAUGAUAUCCACAACGGGACACCUGUUCCCCGAGAAAAUAAAAAAGAAGAAGAAAGCAAGAUCCACCCAGAAGCCAGCCACCCCGCUGCCAUCCAGCAGGACAACUGUGAAGAAAGGGAAGUCAGAGAGAAGGAGGUCCAUUCUACGCCUUCGGAAGCUGAGGCUCCUCAGGUGGACUUGGGGACACUACCAGAGGGUGGAGGCUCUACCUCUCAGUCCACCAGUGGGGGGCUCACUGAGAACACCGGCUGUCCAGGCCCCGUAGAGGAGCCAUUUGAGGCUCAAGAGCCCGCAGAGAAGAUGCUCCCAGCCAUAGUUUCUACACAGGACAGCCCCCAGGCAGGUGAGGCUGAGCAUUUGGUGACAGUCACACCUCACGAAGAUGCCACGUUAAGUUCUAACCCCAUCUGUCCCGUGGAGAGCAAUGAGGUGCCCCAGGUUUUCGGGGAUCAAGAAGUGCUGGGAGGGGAGGAUAGCUCAGCCCUUGGGAUGGAUCCAGAGCAAGUCCAUGAUACUCAAGUGCAUGCGUGUCAGUGGCUGGUGGAGGAUACCCCGAGCACUGACGUCCUAGCCGUGCAUGAUUGUGAUGUGAGCUCCCCAGAGCAGCCCUCAGAGGAGUGGUAGGAACAGUUUGCUAAGCCGUUUUUCUUUUAAAACUGUCAGUCAAGGGGUCUUAGUUAUGGGGUAUCCUUGGGGGGGGGUGCAUGUGACUUGCUAUAAAAAUUAUGAAAUUAUUUCUUUGAUUAUGGUGAAGCCAGAGGAAAUGUCUAGAGGGUGUGAGCACUGAGCUGUCUUUGGGGAGCUGAAGCACUCCUUAUGAAUGAAUGAAUGAAUGAAUGAAUGAAUGAAGUUCAGUAGAAAUGGGGAAGGAGAACUGGAGCCUUGGGGUGAAAGGCAGUUUAAGGGGCUCCAGAGAGGGGGCAGUGUGGAGCAGGAAAUGACACCUCAGUAUUCCCUUCACUGAAACAUGGUACACAUUUUGAAGUGCACUUGAAGGCAUUCUAAACAAGCACGUGCAGGACGCCAGCCACACCACCCCCUCAGUCGGCUUCACUGUCUCUUGUCCAUAGUCAGGCCACACGAUGAAAGAGGAAGGCAAGAACCAGGCAUCCCUGUCCUGUAAAGUACCCAGAGCCAGACACAGCUCAUAGAUCUCAGGUGAUGCAGAGCAGAAAUCCAAGGUGAAAGGUCUGUGCGACUAUCUAGACCUGUUCCUAAUCCUGCUAUCAUUCCUGGCUGGUUAAUUUUGUUGGUUUAUAUUAAUUAAUCACCUUUUAAGGAAACUCAGAUGGGGCAAGAGAUUUCAUUGGCACAAAUUAGCCUCGGGCUGUACAAAGCGCUUGACUAAAUGUUCUAGCUCAAAACCUGCCCACUACACAGACGUUAUUUGAACAGCUCCCGAAUGCUCUGUUCGUCACAGUAAUAAGUAAGAGGCCAGGUGCUUUGCUUCCUAUAAAUUAAAAGGCUCAUGAGAAUUUAGUCUAGAAGAAAAGAGUAUUUAUUCCAAUUUUUAAGUUUUAAACCAUGCUGGCUUUCACUCUUCCCAUUCACAAGGUUCUGGUUUAUUUUCUGAGGGAGGGAAGGAAUUAAUGAAUGAAUGAAAAAAAAAAGGAAUGAAUAAAGCUAUUUAAGUUUACCAAAGACUUUACCAAUGUAGAAAUUGUUUGAUCAUUCAACAGAUUGUUUUCUUAGGUUCCCCAUCAGGCACCAAGCCUGGGGAUACCGUGAUGAAAACACCAGUGUUCCUUCUUUCUGAAGGAAACAGAAAGGGAUUCACCUCUAAAAUAGAUUGCAACCCCUAACUGUCAGUGUAAGAGAUAAAUGCGCUCAGUUGCAGUAAGAUGUCCCACAUUGGCUUCAGGGUUGGUUUUACUCAACACCGUCAAGCACCUCCUUGAGAGACGUUAUCCCACACUUAGCCGUUUAAGCGGGAAUUAAGCUAUCUCCCUCCCCACCCCUAUCACAAAGACGUUCUGGGGCUUCUAAGUCAUAGAGGAUGAGUAACGAUCAUACCAGUAUCUGCAUCCUUGUGUCCAUGAGAUAUCCCACGAUUAAGUGAGGAAGGACUAACCAGUCUUCUCACCAGUAAGUGAGGAAGGGGCAGCCCAUCAGGCUCCCCACUGGCCUUUUACCCGGCUUUUAGCAUGGUGCACCCAAAUUAUGUUUACUUUCACCACCUCCUCCUUCCUUCAAGGACUGACACUGGGUUAGUCAUCACUUGCUAUUUCUGCUGGAAACCCGUGUCCUUGAAUAAUGGCUUCCUGCUUGCCAAGUAACUUUAAUAUCCCAGGGCCUAGGAUAAGGACUGACAACUAUCAUGCUACUCAGGAAAUGUGGGAGCCAAACACCUGGCACGAUGCUGUGCAGGGGGCUACUUGGGGCUUGCUUUUAGGCAGGGAGAUGUUUCUGAUUAAGCUUUCUGACCUUGUUGAAUCUUCCCAUAAAUAAAGUCCAAAGCUGAAGAGGCAGAUAGCCAAAUGGCCAGCAGGAUGUGAGAUAAGACAGAGCGCCAAGAGAUCAGCACCUAGCCCCACAGAUUCUACCCUUCUCUCUCAGAGAGCCACGGCUAUUGUGGAGUCCCAGCUCAUGCCAACCCCGCUCCAGAGCCUCUCACCUCCCCUGCCUUUGCUCACCUCCUGUAUCCCAUGAGAAUCUAAGAAGAAGCGAGAGUUCAUGGCACUGAGUUGGCUGGAUGAGUGUUAGUGCCAACCCAGAAGGCCAGAGAAGAGUAGGCUCUAAGUAGCACAACAUUCUAGAAAACGCCAAGAGCACUUCCAUCCACACUCCACACAGUCAAGGUCUCAAAAACAGGCAAGACAGCGGUGACAUGGCAAGAUGGACAAGGACCCUGCAGUGCACUAAAAAUAGUCUCUGUGUGUGGUAACAUGUCUAACACUUGUCUUGCUUUUCAUAGGUUUGUGUGUGUUCUAGUGUUUUCAUGGGGGACCAAGGCGAUUGUGAUCUGAAUGUGCUGUUUCUGCCUUGGGCAAAGCUCUUGCAAACUCCUGGUUCAUGGCCAAAUCUCCAGGACUUUAAACUAGUUAUGUUACUUACUGACCUUUUACAAAGAGAUUUUCCUUGAAAAAAAAAAAAAAAAGACUUGUUCCGGUAACCUUGGCACAGUGUGUGAAAUUAUGCAGUAACCCUACCACACAGGCACACAUGCAAAAACGCGCGCACGCGCACACACACACACACACACACAUACACACACACAUACACAACACACCCCACAUUUUAAAAAGCAUUUUGGAGACUACAAGGUCAGAUUCCAGUGUCUUUUUCAGAGGGAUCCAGUGUAAAGAAUUAUUCUAUGGACCCUCAUGUUUGCCCUUGUAAUUCUUUAGAUUAAAGCCUGUGACUUCUGA